AUGAACGGGGCUGUCAUGGCCAAUGGGCCUGGUGUUGAUAAGAAAUAUGUGACUCAACGACGCACCGUUGAUAUGAGUUCGCCAUUUAACAGACUUUUCUUUCAGGAAAGACAUGGACUACCAAAACUUUACGUGGAACCCGAAACGACUUACACUGCUUAUAUUUUGCCACCGAACGUUUAUUCACACAUUGAUCGUGUAAUAAACACACCGACGAAAUUCACGCAUUUGAGUUCUAACAAGGUAAAGCAUGUAAUACCGGCGAUCGAAUGGACACCAGAGGGUCGAAGAUUAGUUGUGGCUACCUACAGUGGAGAAUUUUCGCUUUGGAACGGAUCUACUUUCAACUUUGAGAGCAUAAUGCAAGCACAUGAUAGUGCCGUCUCGGUAAUGCAGUACUCUCGCGCUGGUGACUGGUUGAUUAGCGGCGACGCUGAUGGAACUAUCAAGAUUUGGCAACCCAAUUUCAAUAUGGUCAAAGUUCUGGACGAAGCGCACACGCAGUGUGUGCGAAGCAUUGCAUUCAGUCCCUCGGACUCUAAAUUUGUUACAUGCUCUGACGACAAUAUACUAAAGAUCUGGAAUUUUAGUAAUGGGCAGCAGGAACGAAUUCUUUCCGGGCAUCAUUGGGACGUACGGAGCUGUGAUUGGCAUCCACAAAUGGGACUGAUUGUAUCUGGUUCUAAGGACAAUCUCAUAAAACUUUGGGAUCCAAGAUUGGGUCAAUGUGUCUCAACCAUUUUGGGCUGUAAACACACGAUAAUCAACACCAAGUUCCAACCUACCAAAGGUAACAUGCUUGCUGUGAUUUCUAAGGAUAAAAGCUGCAGGAUCUUUGAUAUUAGGAAGAACAUGAAAGAGCUUGCCGUUUACAAGGACGAGUCCGAUUACAUGUGUUUGACGUGGCACCCAAUAAACGAAUCUAUGUUCACCGUUGGCUGUUACGAUGGGUCAAUGAAGCAUUUUGAUCUUUUACAAAAGCCCCAAAGCACUGCAUCUGGAUGUUUCCACGAUAUUCCGUAUGCCCAUGAUAAAUGCAUAACAUCCCUGUCGUACAGCCCCGUGGGACAUAUAUUGGCCAGCGCCUCUAAGGACAGGACCAUACGAUUUUGGACCAGAUCUCGGCCGCUUGAUCCUAAUGCGUUUGAUGAUCCAACUUACAACAAUAAAAAGGCGAACGCUUGGUAUUUUGGUAUUAAUAACAACAUCAAUGCUAUAAGGCCGAAAACGGAAGACGGGGUUGCGCUUCCACCUGCCUCUGGUGAUUCUACUGGAAGCCUACCUAUUUCAGGUAUGAAUGGUUCAAGUAAUUUCCCGGGACAAUACCCGCUAGCUUCAGGUCUUCCGGGGUUGAACUUUUAG